AUGCGGUCCUCAGUCUCUACAGCUACCGUGCCCUCAAAGAGCCCUGCGUCUCAUGGCUUUACUGUCAAGGCCGACGAGCAGCAAGAACCAAAAUUCGAGAACGAACAUGACCACUUCUUUUGGACAUAUACCGAGGAGCCGCAUAGGACACGCCGAAUGGCCAUUAUCAAGGCCCACCCAGAGGUAACUAAGCUCUGUGGCCCUGAGCCGCUCACCAAAUACGUUGUCCUGCUGGUCGUCUCGAUACAAGUCGCCUGCGCAUACCUCCUCCGCAACACGCCUGUGCUAUCAUGGCCCUUCUUCCUCACAGCAUACGUCGUCGGUGCCACAGCCAACCAGAACCUCUUCCUUGCUAUCCAUGAGAUAUCGCACAACCUCGCCUUCCGAUCGCCCCAGGCAAACCGACUCUUUGCCGUCUUUGCGAACCUGCCAAUCGGCAUCCCAUACAGUGCCUCGUUCAGGCCCUACCAUCUCACCCACCACAAAUCACUGGGUGUCAAUGGUCUCGAUACCGAUCUGCCAACCGCUUUCGAAGCCAUCUUCCUCGACUCCGUUGCCGGAAAGGCUUUUUUCGCAACCUUUCAGAUCCUUUUCUACGCCCUACGACCCAUGUUCGUGUAUAGCCUCCCAAUGACCAAGAUCCACCUCUUCAAUGUUGUCGUGCAGUUGGCUUUUGACUACCUCUUGGUACAAUAUGCAAGUGGAAGGGCAUUGGGCUACCUCAUCAUGAGCAGCUUCCUUGCUGGAUCCCUACACCCUUGCGCAGGCCACUUCAUUGCCGAGCACUACGUUUUCGAGAAGCCCAACAAGGAUGCCGCCAACCCUGCCAACAAGAUUCCGCUCCCCGAAACCUACUCAUACUAUGGGCCUCUUAACAUGUUGACUUAUAACGUUGGUCUUCACAACGAGCACCACGACUUCCCUGCCAUCCCAUGGACCCGCUUGCACGCUCUUAAUAAGAUUGCGCAUGACUUUUACAAGGAUCUACCCCAGCACAAGAGCUGGGUAUACGUGCUUUGGCAGUUCAUCUGGGACAAAGACAUCAGCCUGUGGUGCAGAGUCAAGAGAGAAGAGGGCGGAAGAAAAGUUGGCGGUGGAGGUGGGUGGAGUGAAGAGGAGCUGGGUUCAAAUGAGAAGAAGGGGCCUAUCCCCGGUGUGUUGUAG